GGGGGGGGGGGGUGUUACUUGGGGGUUGGGUGGACUUGGGGCAGAGGGGGUGGAGACGACACUAUUCGGUUUAGGGUCCGUUGUCUUGACGUCGAGUUACAGUGCGAUAAACCGAGGAAUGAGUGUGCUGGAAGAGACAUUGUGCCUUGAAUUUGAACACUUGAUUUUUAUUAUUUUUUUUCUUUCUUUUUUUUCUGCCUUGGAAGAGACAACAGGCCAGGGAAGGGAGGGGGGACAAGGAGAUGAGUGUGGUUAGUGUGGAAAUGGAGAUUCAAUGAAAUGCAUCUUUGUGCCAAAAAAAUGUUUAGGGUGUUCUUGUCAAAUGAUAGCCCAGGGGUGCGUUUGCGUCUAUGCGUGGUGGGACAGGAAGGGGAUUGUGGGUACCAAGACACCGAGCUGUUAAAUGGGAUCUCAUCUGUAAUCUGGGAGAUGGGCUGGUCAAGCUGUGUGCUGACCUCCACGCGUGGGCUAGGAAAGCAGGCUAAUGGCUGCCGGCCCACCUACCAAAGGGCUGUCAGAGGGGGUGGUCCCUUCUCCUCUGGGUGGGGUAGCUGUGCAAAGGUGGUGAGAGGCCCCAAGUUUGCAGUGACAUAACUGUAAGGCUUGUGGCAGAAUUAACUCUGGGCCAUUGCUGGCCUGUCUCGUCGCCAUUCCCCCAGUGAUAGCUUGGGAAGGCGGGGGGGGGUGGGGGUGACAUAGUUGAUGCAGCCAGAAAAGUAACGAGCGCCUCUUCCAAUCCCACCACGACCACGCUGCACACGCAGCCUAGCUCGCAAACCUGCACUCAUCAGCACGGAAGCCUAUUUCUGGAGCCCCUGCACCAGGAGUGCCGGAGUCUGCAUUCCCGGCGACGUUCCCAGGCCGCGAUGGCGUGGGGCUUCCGAGGGGCGAGGCGGCCGUCAGUGCGAGAGAUGGAGAGACGAGCGGCAGACGCGCGAGACGAGCGCUCUGGCCGAUGGGGAUUGUGCGGUCGAAGUCAAGGCCUCAAAUGGGCUCUUCUGUUUCGCCUGGGUUUCCGCUCAACAUUUGCAUUGUUCUUUCUGCAUCAUUUAAAAAAAAAAAAUAAAAUGGAAGUGAAAUUAAUUCCUAUCCAAAUUUUAAUUUGUCAAGUUUUUGGAGGUCUAAUUGCAUGAGUAUAACCUAGCUCUUGUGCAUGCUGUAUUCUGGGUUAACCUUCAUUCUGAAGCCAUUGGCAUGAAGGCUGUGAACUCAACACUGUGACACUCCCGUGCUGGACUUCAACGUGAUACCAUAUAUCCAAAUUUACCUGCUCAUCACAUCAAAGUAAAUGGAGAGUACAGUUCAGGCUUAACACUCGUGCUGUCAGUUUCCCCUUGAGGUGUGUUCGCCUGCAGGUGUUGUGAGUCAGUCGCAAAACGAUAAAAGAAAUGGUAGAACUAAAAUAAAGGCCGAGUUUCAAGUCAUACUAAUUUUGAAAAUCCAUCUAGUCUAUUUGGUAUGCGAGUACCUUGGCUAUUCAAAGUUAAGGAAUGUUGUUUAUGGGAAGCAACCUCAGAUAAAACGACAGUGUUUGACAAGUUCAGUUUGUGGAAUGAAGGAAUGAGCCUUACCUGUUUCAGCACGACUGGCGGCAGCUUUAAGUGACCAUUUCACAGCUACGAUGCGCAAUGUGGCCACAUGCAGCCUCUGCAGGACUUCAGGUCUGAGAUACAUCCAUGAUGUACUGGCGAUAGACCUUCACUUCUGCUGGCCUUCAGUGGAAGAAAUGCAAGAGAAAUUGGUCAAAGAAAGGACAGAGAACAAGCAAAGAGGACCACAGAGCAGAGACUGGGCCAUUUAAAAGGGUGCCCCCCAGGUUUGUGUCCUAUGCUUCAGGCCCCUGCGACCUCCUGCGACCCUGACCAGGAUAUGGGGCUGUAGGAUGAUCUCCAGGAAUCGGCAUCCACGGUGAGGGCAGGCUUCAGUGGCCAUGAACAACCAGGAGGUGGUGGCCCUGCUGGAGGAGAGCAGACAGGCUGCAGCUGCUGGGCUAGCACAGCCCUCAGAGGAGGACAAAGUGGAGUUCCAGAGGUGUCAGGCAUCCCUCUCUGCUGAACUGAGCAUGCUCCUGGAGGAGGCUGUAGCGAUGAAGUGGCCCUUUGUCCCAGAGAAAUGGCAGUACAAGGAAUCAGUAACUUCAGAGGACAAAACCAACCUUCAGGAUCUCAUCAGCGAGCAUCUGCCCCAGUUACUGAAAUUUCUCAGGGCCAGUAUUGAGGUCGGGGACUCGCAGUUUGCCAUCUCUGUCGUGUUCCUGGUAGACCGCUUCCUGUACUGGGCAGAUGCCUCCAAGAAGCUGCUGUGUAUCGUUAAGUCUCUGCACAAGCAAUAUCCAGCUACUCCCAUCCCCCCCCAAGUGGUCAUUCGACAAGCCCGUCUCUCUGUUAACUCCGGUAAAAUACAAAAAGCAGAGUAUAUCCUCAGCAGUUUGAUUAACAACUGUGGAGCCACAGGGCACUGGCUUUACCAUACAGAUAGUGAGCGGACUCUUGUCCAGGCAGUCAGUAUCCAGAUACGAGGGCAGGUCCUGCAGAAGCUCGGACUGUGGCUUGAAGCUGCUGAGCUGAUAUGGGCGUCUCUUGUCGGGUUGUUUGCCCUCCCUCUACCUGACAAGAAGGGCAUUGGAACAUCCCUUGGGCUGUUGGCUAGCAUUCUGGUGUCCAUGAGCGACAAAGACUUUCAUGCUUUUACAACCUGUCCCCAAAUUGACUUGUCCUUCCUGAAAGCGAAAGGGCAUCGUCUCCUAACAGCAGCUGAGGCAGCCAAGAUGGCUGUGGUCUACAGCCAGUAUACCUCCCUUUAUGUGUUGUCCAAUGUGGUGAUCCAAGGAAACUGCCUUCUGUCCUUUACUUUUUCUCCAAGCUGUCCCAAGGCACAAAGAGAAGUCUUCCUCACCCAAGCCAAGGAGGCCUUUGAAAUUGGCCUACUAACUAAGACUAAAGAUGAGGCAGUGCCCAGUAAGCUAGAGCUUCACUUGUUUGUUAAGGCAGCCUUCUCUUUAGUUGUUACUCAGAGAUGGCUUGGAUUCCCAGCAGGGACAGUUGUCCAGGCCAGGCAGAUAUGUCAAGAGGCUAUGGAGAGACUACAUGCCUACAGCUUGGCAAGUGGCCCAGACAAGGAUCGGUUGAGUAUGGAGAUUAUGUCCUUGGUGGGUGAGGUGAAAACACUCUUCCAAAUUCAACCUUUCUUAAACUCAGAUGAGAGGUCCUUCAUCCCCAAUAGCUAUAAAUCCAUGGAGGAAGUCCCUGUGAAGUUUUCAAUGGCAAGUUUCUCUGAAGUUAUAGGGAGGUUCAGUCAGUACCAUGCCUCAGUCUGUGAUGCCUUUGCCACGUCAGACGAUCCAAGUAAGAGUGGCUGUAAGGGCUCGUAUGGACCUUGCAUCACAGCAUUGAAGACGGUCACGGAAACCCCCGACACAGCAUGUGCUUUGGGGAACCACUCAGAUCUGAGAAAUGCUGAGGGACCUCCAGCCAAAAGUUGGGGGAAACAGAGAGAACAGAGGGAUAGCAUGGGGAAGCAGGGAGGGACCUCCAGGGCUUGCUUACUGCCAUCAAGAAAAUAUGCUUCCUCUACUUAUCUAAGAGCUCCACAAUAUCAGGGGUACAGCUCUACUACUCUCGUUGAUGCACAGUGUCCCACAGAAGAUGGUGAUAAGGUGUGGGAAAAUAGCAGUAAUGAAUCAAUAACCUUUGGAAUGGCUAGUAUAGAUAAAGCAAGAGAGGCAGAUAAGUACAGAGAAAGGACCAGGUCAUCUACCAGCUCCCUCGGUGAUAGCUGGGGUUCACUCUCCUCUUGGCAGAAGGGAUCACUCUCCGAUGCAGGCUCUUCACAUAGCAUGGGAGGGGUCAGCGAGGAAGAAUUUACUUCUCUGUAUGCAGUGGCAGUGGAUAGAAGGGUUGAUAUGAACUGUCCCACAAUGCUCACUGAAGAGAAUGAACAGAUAGGCUGGUCUGAAAUCACUGCGCCUGAAAAUCUGGUGAUAGGUGACAUGAAAAGCCUGGCUGGUGAAGUGAUGAAUUUUUCCAGCUGUAAUAUUGGCUCACUGUCUUCGUGGCAAACUCCAUGUAUACCGGAAAAAGGGCAUAAGGACGUCCAAGGACAUGUCAGGUUACGAAGUACAGAUAGUCUGGAAUGGGAAGUUGACAUGCUCUGCCCCACAGAACCUGACAGAGAACUAGAGGAACCUAAACAGCAUGGGAACAGUGUCAACGAAAGUGACAUCUGGCAACUUGAUGGGUGCACUGAGAGGCUGAGGUCAUCCUCCAGCUCUCUUGGUGACAGCUGGGGUUCACUGUCUUCCUGGCAGAAAAUAUCACCCUUUGACAACAGUUCUUCACUUACCAAGAACAAGGGUAGCAGUCGAAUUGCAGAAGGACUGGAUGAGAGGGCAUUUAUGAGUUGUCUCACAGAAUCAGAUGAGUUGGACAGACAGAGUGGUUGGACUGAAAACAAGAGGAAUUGUGGACCUAUUCGAUCAGAAAAAGUGAAACCAAAACAGCCAGGUGAAAACCUCCAACCACAAACAUCUCCAAUGAAGGCAAAUGUAGGGGUUAGCCAUCCAAGCAUGAUCAAUCAGUCACCCCCCUCAGUCAACUUUUUCAAGAGCGUGGUACCCCACACAGGUCAAGUGCUGCUUAGUCAGCACCAAGGACCUAAACACCCGUUGGUCAAAGACUUAAGUGUCUGGAGUGGCUCCAGUGCACUGCAUGCAGUUGAUCCUGAGGCAGAGACUGAGGAUAACAUGCCUUCAGAUUCCCUCUUUCAAAGUUCACCUGUCAUAGUCCAUGCGGGUGCUUGCCCGAAAGCAUCUCCUUCAACAGACACGGAAAGCUCUUUUGUUCUUACAGGGGAUGAAAAGAGUGAAGGGGACAUUGGAUGGCCACAUAUGAAUAACCGGAAGCCCUCGAUAAAUAGCAGUCCAUCUUGUACGCGUUGUCUAUGGCAGUGCAUGAUGGUUAGUGAAGUCCCUGGGCAACGCUGUACACUAACUGAGCAGGACUACAAAUCCUUGAUUUCAGGAGUGUGUCAUGAUUGUCUUUUACACAGACUGAACAACACAGGGAUAUUCAAACUAAAAAAAUUGAACAGUGUCUACCGUGCACUACUUCUGAAGUACUCUAAGGCGGCAGGCCUUUGGACGGCAUGGGAGACUGAGGUUUACGUCGGAGAUUCUAUGGGCAAACAAGGCAUGCAGAGAACUGCAUUCUGGGUACAGUUUCUACACCAGGAGGAGAUGCUGGGCUGUUAUGUUGGGAAGGAAUACCUCACAGCAAAAGAGCUGCAUUAUCACCUGAAUGAUGUGGAAAGGCAGAUGACGGCACAGCAUUAUGUGACAGAGUUCAACAAGAGGUUGUAUGAGAAAAGGAUUGCAAUGCAGAUUUUCUUCAUUCCCUCUGAGGUGUUGUUGAUUUUGGAAGGCGACGUCAUUGUGGGCUGCAUGACGGUGGAGCCGUAUAUGUUAGGAGAAUUUGUGAAGUUGACCAACAACACAACGAAAGUGGUUCGAGAUUAUAAAGCCACAGACUAUGCCAUUGCCUUUGGCCAUUUUACCUUUGAAUUCUCUGGAGGCACAGAGGUUGUUGUAGAUCUUCAAGGUUGGGUGACAGCAAAUGGAAAGGGGCUCACCUACCUGACAGACCCUCAGAUCCAUUCCCUCAGGGAAGCUGGCAGCAGGAUGAACUUCGGAGAAAGGGGCAUUAGAAACUUUCUGGAGGCCCAGCAUGGGCCCAAGUGCAAUGACAUCUGCAGCAGGCUGGCUCUUGACUGUCUAGGAAGCCCUGGGAAGGCUGGUGGUUUUACGGUUAAGGAGCAGGACUUAUAAGCAGAAGAGUAAGGGAAGGCAUCUGUCGUACAUACCUUCAGUACCGGUUCUGUUAAUGAGGAGGUGUGUGACCUUGUAUCGAGAUGCUUGACAAUCAGCCCUGGUUUCCCCCAGUGCUUACUCUCCCCAGUGCUCGUCUGCCUAUACACACGGCCCCACUUUUAGUGACCCUUCAAUCAAACCCCUGAAGUUAUCAGAUAACACCAUAGUAAUUGGUAUCAUCCAAGAUGACACUAAGUCUUUCUACAAAUUGGGUUUCUGCCUACCCAAUGGUACUGCAAAACAUGAAUGUGGAGAUUAGCAUGCACAACAGUGGCCUCCUGCCACUGCCCCCUCUUAUAAUACAGGGCAGCAUAGUAAUCACUCUGGAGACAUUCGGGUUCCUAGGGACCACAUUUUUCUCAGGACUUUAAGUGGACAAUGAAAACCAACCAGGCCCAGCAUAGAAUUUACUUCCUAUAGCAGCUGAACACACACACACACACAAACACACCAAUUCAGUAGAAAUUAGCAGAGAACUUAGCUUCUUCUGCAUCCAAAGAGGGCCAUGAAAAUCAUUUGACUCGACUGCAGCAUUCAUAAAUGAACGAUUCUAAGAAAAUGACAUGAGAAUCUGUUUCUUUAUAUUUUGUAUAUUCUGUAACCAGUGGUCGAGUUGUAAAAGUACUUCGAGGGGAUGUGGGGGUCCCCCAUGAGAAAAUUUGCUGAGCAGAUAGUGUUUCAGAAGAGAGAUCACCUGUUAAGUACCCUGAUGUAGUUGGUAGAUUUCCAUUACUAUGAUUGAAAUUACACAAAACAGUUUAGGGGGGUAGUAAGGAGGGACCGCAUAUUUUCAAGGGGGUACCAAGGUAGAUAAUGUUAUAAUGAGUUUUAAUGCUUAUUAUGAAGUAUUCACAGAAAAAUUACAAUAGGCAAUAAAUUGCACCUAAUUUGGGCAAAUAUAAAUGUCAGUGAAACAACUGAGCGUGGAUAAAUGUCAGCUGAAGAGUUCAUCCAUCCAUCCAUUUUCCAAACCGCUUAUCCUAUUGGGUCGCGGUGCUGAAGAGUUCACUAAAUCAUUAAAAGAAUGACGACUUACAUUUGUAAUUCACAGUACGAUGGUGUCACUGUCCCCAAAAUCAAUAUAUUGGGAAAACACCAAUCUGGCAAUCACUUUAAUUGAUCUUGGAAUGGAAUAAAUGAAAGACUCAAUAGAUGAAUGAAAAUGUAUUAAAGAAAAUGUAUUGAAUACUGAGAACUUCAAGUCCAGAAAUCACAGAUCCUCUGAAGGAGCAAAGAAUCCGGAUGUCACCAAACCCAUUAGAGAUGGAUGAUACUAUAGAUUUUUAAUUCAAUACUGAUACAAGUAUUUUGUGAACUAGUAUUAUUGAUAGGGAAUACCUCAUAUUUUUAAAUUUCAUCAUUUAAUAAUGGAAUGACUAAUUUUAAAUGAUUAUGAAUCUGUAAUGGUCAGUGUAUGCUUAUCAAAGUAAAUCCCACUAAACAAGAUGUAUAAUACUGUAUUUAUUGCAAAAUAAAAAUUAAGAUUUACUUAA